UCAAGUCCAGCCCCAUGCUCAGGCAGGAACCCUACACCAUUUCAGACAAAUUGCUGUCCAGUCUCUUCUUAAAAACUUCCAGGGUUGGAGGAUUCACCGCUUCUGGAGGCAGGUUGUUAUGAUUCAAUAGUGUAGGAGCUUCAAGCACUAUUGCAGUAACUGUAAAUGUGCCCCUCUCUCUUACAUCUCCUUGGGCUGGAGGAUGUUGACAUGCAAAGCUGGACAUGCAAAGUUGACAUGGAAAACACAGAGCAGUGCAAGCCACAGAACAAGGAAGGUCAAGAGAUUGACCAAAGCCAGAUUGACCAACAGCAAGUUCUAGUCAGCCUCAGGCAACAAUCUCCUCUCCUGUAUACGCCCCUUUCUUGCACACAGCAUGCCAGCAAACCAUCAUCGGAUGUUGCAUCACCUGACCCUCCCUGCAGAACUACUCCUGUCCAAGUGAGAUUAGAAAUGCACAGUUGAGAGGAAGAAUUAUUGCUGCAGCUGCAAGUUGGAUUUCAGCUGCAUCAUGAAACCUUGGAUUCUUCUACUCCUAGCUGGUCUCCUCAUCCUUGCUACUCAACUGAUAACAGCAAAGACCACAAAACAACUCGUCCCCCCAAAAGACAAGCUGAGCAGGGGGCUGGAGAGCGGCAAGCAGGGUCCUUUGUUCUGGACCCAUCCCAGUGCCUCUCCUGUUUUCCCAGUCAAACCGGGCGAGUGUCCCUUGGUGAAAGUCCCUGCUGACUAUCCCUGCGACCAAGAGUGUGUCUGGGACUCCGACUGCAAAGGGGACAAGAAGUGCUGCCCAGCUGGAUGCGCCAGGGAGUGCUUCCCCCCAGGCCCACACUGAGCCCCAAGACCUGACGGAGGAACCCAGCGGGAAACAACCCUUCCCCCCUCACCAGCCACGGAUCCUCACCUCCAGCCCAGCCAGAGAAGGUCUCCCUGUUGCUUCAGUCAUUCCUCUUUGGCCUCCCUGCUCCUGACUACCUUCCCGCCAGCUGCUUCAGGAUGGACAAAGCCCUUUCUCCAGAAAUGAGGCCUCCUCAAAUAAACACCCUGUUGAAAGUUC